AUGGGACAGCAGGGUACAUUAGCUUGUCUCGUCGGGAUCCCGGUCGGCAUCAUCACCUUGCUGGUGGUCAUCCUGGUCCCGCUCAGCUUCUCCGAUCUGCAGUACUAUGAGUACGGUUUCUUAAAGAGAAAGUCGACAGGUACAGUCUACAUGGACAAGGUGUACAGCGGCGGGAGACACUUUGUCGGACCAGACUACCAUUUCAAGGUGUUCCAGGCCGACGCACACUUCGAGGAACUCACGAGCAUCGCCGUUUUCUCCUUGGAUAAGCUAGAGAUCCGGGUGACAUGUCGGUUCCAGUACUUCCUGCGUAAGGACGACCUGCCGCUGCUGCACGAGACGUACGACAGGUUCUACCAUAACGUCAUGAAGACAAGUGCCAUCGACGCCCUCAAGAGUGCAUCGCCCGAGUUCAACACCAGGGAUUUCUUCGAGGAAAGGAGACUUGUUGAGGACACGCUGGCAGACGCCGUGAAGCUCAGACUUGAAGGAAACUGCUGUAAAAAGGACUGUGCGAACUCCACUGAAGACUCUGACAAGGUGGAAAAGAUCGAAAACCAAGCGAGGGAGAUCUCCCACAAUGCCACCGCCCAGUCCGAGUUGAUUACGUCACGCGCUGACGCACAAGCGGUAGCCGUGGUAGAGGAGGCGCGCAACAGCGGCCUGUCACUGAUCUACGAACGGUUGGACCUCACUAGUGCCGACCACAAGGCCUCCUUUAACUACAUCCGCACGCUGCGGGACCACGAGAGUGUUCACUUGUCUGUGAACUACGACACGCUUAUAACUGGGUUUACAGCUUCAGGACGGGGGUAGGCUAGACAAACACAUUUUCCUCACAAUCAAAUACUGUAACCCAUAACGCAUGAAUGGCUCCACGAGCCUUAUUUUGUGGUGAAUGUUAUGAACCCACUGUGAACUUUGUGAUCACUACCACUCAAAGCCCCUACUUUAGAAGUAGACUAGUCCUGUUUCCUUCACCUUAAGUAAAUAAAAAAGGAAAAAAAGUACUUAUAAAAGUGCCAGUGCCAUGAUGACUCGUUCAUCGCACAAACUUGACACUGUCUAUUUGUGUAUUGUAGAACUGAACGAUACAGAUCAAGUGUAAUCCUUUAU